AUGCUUCUUUCAAAAUUGCCUGUACGUGCUCAGAAAAAAUUUAAUUUUUCAUGCUCCUCAAAAAGAAAGAUCUUCGCCUUUUCAAAAAAUGAAAAGAUUGCAAAAUUAGCCAUUCCAUAUAAGCAGAAAAGGGUAAAUAGCUCCAUACAAAUAAGCAAAUGCAUUCAAAUAAAUAGCUCCAUACGAAUAAGCAAAUGCAUUCAAAUAAAUAGCUCCAUACAAAUACAUAAAUGCAUUCGAAUAAAUAGCCCUAUACAAAUAAGUAAAGCCUGUUUUAAUUCCAAAUCCGAGGAGCUCCAACGUUUACAGGAGGGAGGAAAUCCUUAUGAAAACAGCGAGUGUAUUUACGUAAAGAAGGGGAAAAAAAUUGUUAUACUUAAAAAAAAAAAGAGCGAAAAGAAUAAUGCUACCAAAUCUGAUAGUUAUAUAGAAGGAACUCAGCACAACUAUUUAGGUGAAAGUACGCGAACAAAACAUAUAACAUCGCACAUUAAUCCUUUAAGGGAAUAUCUUGAACCGUAUGACAAUUCGAAUCAAAGAGAAGCUUAUACAAAACAUGCAAAGAGUUAUGUUAAUGUAAACCAUAAAGAAGGAGCACGCAGCCUUACUGAUAACUCAACCACCCUUAACUACUUUACUAAUAACAUGGAAAUUCACAAGGAAAUAGAUGGACUCAAGAACAGGGAAAACGAUAUUUCAAGUAGUUACAGUAAUGGUACACACAUCUACACAAGUGCACUAGAAGACGAUGUGGACAAAAUGAAGAACGAAACUAUGAUGAAAAUUCUAACUCAACCUAGUGAACAUAUAAUGAUGAGGAAUGAAAAAAGAUUCUGUGAUUUUCUAUGGGUAGUAGCAAAAUCAGGAAAGGGUGGAAAACCUAAUUAUAAAAAACAGAGGAGUAGAAAAUUAAAAGGAGAAGGAUAUGGUGGACAUGGUGGUAAUGUUAUACUAAAAAGUAAAAAGAGCGUAUAUGAUUUAAUAAAAAUAGAACAGAAAAUAAAAGCAAAUGAUGGUGAAGAUUAUAAAGAAAAUAGUAGAGGAAAAGAUGGUAAAGAUAAAAUAAUCUUUGUUCCUGUUGGAACUAUAGUAAGAAAAAGACUCUUUUGUAAAAAAAAAAAUGAAAAAAAUAGAAAAAUUUUUAAAAGUAUUUUUUGGUAUCAAUUUUUAAAUGAAAAUGAAGAAUUAUUAGUAGCUAGAGGAGGUAAGGGAGGAAUAUCUUAUUCUCUUUUUAAAAAACAUGAUUUUAGAUUACCAGAAAAAUGUGAAAAAAUGCUACUAGAACUGGAAUUAAGACUACUAAAUGAUGUUGCUUUUAUUGGUAUUGAAAAUAGCGGUAAAACAUCCCUUUGUAGUAGUUUAAGUAAAUAUUAUGGUAAUAUUAAUACAGAUAUGUUUACCACUACUAUUCCUCAUAUUUCAAAUAUUAAUUAUAUUGAUGGCGUUCAGAUUACCUUAUUGGACACUCCUUUUUUAUUUCAUAAUGCUCAUAAAGACAAACUUAGAGGAAAGAGAAUAUUAAGGCAUUUGUAUAGAAGUAAACUAGUUGUAUACGUUAUAGAUGUGUCCAGUGAUAAACUAACUAAUGUAGACGAUCUGCAAGUACAGGAUCUCUACCUUAACAGCUUAAAGGGGAGGAAGUAUACGGAGGAGGAAAAAAGAAAGGGAAAGAAGAAGCACAGGAAGAGGGGCGACCAUAACAACAACGAUAACGACAGCGAUAACGACAGCGAUAACGAUAGCGAUAACGAUAGCGAUAACACUGCUUCCAAUAUGAAGAACUACUACGACGAUUCGAUAAAGCAAAUAAGAAUGCUGAGAAACGAAUUGUUUUUGUUCAAUCCGGAAUACCUAGAAAAAAAAGAGUUAGUAGUAGCAACCAAGUGCGAUAUGUUACAUAAAAACACCUUACUUAACUUAGACUCCCUAUAUUUUCGAUUGAAAUGCAUAUAUCCUCAUAUGGAAGUAAUAGGCACAUCUGCAAGAUUUGGUUUAGGUAUUAAAUUGUUAAGUAGGAAAAUCAGGGAACUCAUAUAUCCUCAAUAUGUACUACAAAAUAAUAAAUUAUAUGCCAAAAAUAUAGAAGAUUAUGUUAUACCUACUUAUACUCAUUUUAUAGAGGGGAAAAAAAAAUUGCAAAAUUAUGAAUUGCCUGAACAUAUUAAACAUAUAUAUGAUCGUAAUUAUUUGGAAAAUUUUGACUAUUUUUUGAAAAAAAAGGGUAAACAAAAUAUACAAAUCAAUGAAAAAGAAAUUAAUGUAACAGAAUGUAAUACUUCCACACCCCCCAUUUCUGAGUGA